UUUUUUUUUUUUUUUUUUUACAGGGCAAGGCAAAAUGCACAGGGAGGUAUGUUCCCCAGUGAAGAACUCCAGAUUGCUCUCCUUUCCCAGCUCAUGAGUCCUGGCUUGUAGCUACAAUCGCAGCUGUUAGUUGCUGAAUGCAUGACAGAGAUGCGACAUUAAUGGUGUGUUUGUCUCCUUGCAGUGAUGAAGAUGAUGAAGGUGCUACCAUGCUCUGCUGCUCUUCUUUUCCUAGUGACUGCAUUCACUGUGGAGCCAUCUCACGGUGCCAAGGUGCUAGUCAUGCCCACCAUAGUCUUUGACAGCCACUUGCGAGUGUUCAUGCGGGUGGCAGAGGCACUGACUGACCGGGGCCAUGACCCUGUGCUGCUGCUUCAUGAGGGUCGAGAUGUGGAAACUUCCCUGCCUGGCUUCCGCAUGCAGAGGUACUGGGGUACCUUCAGCACAGAGAGUGCAGAUGCCUGGGUGCAGGAGAAGAUAAAGCGUGUCUUUCAAGGGAAGAUGACCUCUCUGGAGGUGUUUUCAUUUUUGGAGAAGUACCUGGAAAACUGUGACCUAGUACUGGGAAAUUCUACCCUUCUGCAGAAACUCCAGUGGGAGCACUUUGACCUGCUUUUGGUGGAUCCCAACGAGAUGUGUGGAUUUAUCCUGGCCCACAUCCUACAUGUCAAAUAUGCUGUGAUUUCCACAGGUUUCUGGUUCCCAGCAGAGAUUGGUGCCACCUCCCCCAUUGCCUAUGUCCCUGAAUUCAACUCCCUGAUGACAGACAGGAUGGGCUUUUUUGGUAGGACUUGGAAUCUCCUAGUCUACAUAAUCACUCGUGUGGCUACAAAACUGGUCAUCCUGCCCAAGUUUGAACGUCUCAUGGAGAAGCAUAGCGUGGAGCCCAAGACAUCCAUGUUGGAUCUUGUUCAUGGAACUAGUCUCUUCUUCCUCUGUAAUGAUGUGGUGCUGGACUUUCCCCGUCCAACGCUCCCCCAUGUCAUUUUCACAGGGGGGAUCCUCGCUGAGCCUGCAAAGCCCCUUCCAGUGGGUCUGCGUCUCUGGGUGGAAGCAGCAGAGGCAGGUGUCGUUGUUGUCUCCUUUGGCAUCGGGAUCCGAGCUCUUCCAGGCGAUUUGGUGGAGAAGAUGGCUGGUGCAUUUGCUCGCCUCCCGCAAAGGGUGGUGUGGAGAUAUUUUGGUCAGAAGCCAAGAAACCUGGGUGAGAAUACACUGAUGAUGGGGUGGCUGCCCCAGAAUGACCUGUUAGGCCACCCCAAUGUGAAAGCUUUUGUCAGCCACUGUGGGAUGAAUGGUGUAUUUGAGGCAAUUUAUCACGGUGUGCCAGUGGUGGGAUUUCCUUUCUAUGGGGACCAGUUUGACAUCAUGACCAGAGUGCAGGCGAAGGGCAUGGGUAUCCUCAUGGACUGGAGCAGAGUAAAAGAAGAGGAACUUUACCAGGCUGUCACCGCAGUCAUCUCUGAUCCCAGCUACAAAAAAGCAGCCCAGCACAUCUCAGCUCUGCACCUGGACAGACCAAUGCAUGCUCUCAACAGGACAGUGUAUUGGUUGGAGUACAUCCUUCGUCACAAUGGGGCACCCUACCUUCGCCCAGCUGUCUACGACCUCUCCCUAUAUGAGUACUUCUGCCUGGACAUACUGGCUCUUCUCUUGCUGUGUCUGGCUGUUAUUGGAUUUGUUGUCUACAAAUCUGUGGUCUGGUGCAGAAGGAAGGGGGCCAGCCCUGUGUAUCAGAAUGGCAAUUGCGUGAAAGGCCACUUCACAGAUGAGAAAAAACUGCAGUAG